CAUCCCUUGUGUCUUGUAAUGGCUUUCCCUCCAGAAAGUGCUGCUGCUGCAACUGUGGGUUAUCGAAGCCUUUCGUCAGCUUCGUUGGAGAUGGACGGAAAGAAAGAAAGGUGAUGAUGAUGAUGGCAGAGGAGGAGUAGCUGCUGAGAUGAGGCGAGGGGCGGGGCGGGGCGGGGCAGGGCAGGGCGGGGCUGGGCGUGGUUAGGCGGGCGAGUGGGCGGCUUCGUUUCUCGAGGGAAGCACGAAGCCGGACUUGAGGCGGGCAGGCCGACGGGGCUCGCAAUGAGCAUGCUGCCAUGGUGAGAACGUAGCGAUUGCCAGCGAAGGUGGAGAAGGUGCUGCUGCGAUCUGUGGGUGUCGACUCGCACCCGCCGAGGAUUGUCGCUGGGAUUUGUAAUUUUUUCCCAUGAUGCGAUCAGACCUCGGUUUCGACAGGAGCGUGUAGAAGCGGAUCGACCUCGUUAGGAGGCGUUCAGUAACCUUGGCUCGUGCGUCGAGCACUUUUUGGGAAUCAUCGUCUCGCUCCUUAUGGUGGUGCACAAUCCCUGGACCGUGGGUUUUCGAGGAAGAAAGAUAGGUGGAAAGAAGCAGCCCGGCGAUCAGAAGGUUGUUGGGUUCAUCGGUGAGACGAGGGGGUUUGAUGCGUUGGUUUAGAGUAGUUCUGCACUCACUGGCGCAGGAGUGUAGAAUCGAGAAGGAACCGGAGUAGCUUGAGGAGAGCGAAGAUGAAUCCACCUUUCGUGAGCAUGCCUCCUGGACAGUCUGUACCUCCACCUCCUCCCGGGGGUCAACCGCUUCCUGUGACAUCUCAUCCUUCCACAUCAGUGCCAGGUCCGGGACCAGGAAAUCCUUCUCUUCUGCAACCAGCUGUGGCACCUCCGAUACCAGCAGCCGGCCCUGCUCCUUUGGGUUCAGCGCCAGGCGCAGCGAGCGGAGUUCCAUCGAGCGCUCCUGGAGUGAGGGUGCCCCCAGGACCUCAACCUCCUCCGGCUCCACCUACUUCGUUUCCUGCAAUUCGACCUUACAACCCGGCGCCAAUGAUGCCCAAUUACAUGACCCAUCCGGUGCCUCAACAACAACAGCAACAACAAAUGUUGCCUCCCGGAGGCAGUUACAAACACGCAACAGGCUGGGAGAAAGAGAGACUCCAAUAUGAGAGUGGGGGGAAAAGUUAAGUAAAGGAGGCUGGGGGUUUGGGUUGGUUAAACAUGGCUGCAUGUGUGCAAGCGGGUGACGGGCUGUUUUCUCCUACGACAGUGCAUUCGAGUUGUCAUGGUGAUCAUGGAAAGGGCGCCACGGGUAAAGAGCCUGCAUCGUCCUAUGUGUUCUUGGCUCUUCUCCUGCAGGAAUGCCUAAUCGUUUCCCUGCUCCACCUUACAACUCAAUGGCGCGACCUCCAGCAUUCGUUCCUCGACCUCCACUGGGGCCACCUCCCCCUGUGACAAUGAGCACCAUGACAUUGCCCAGGCCACCUGGAAAUGGAUUACGUCCUGUUGCUCCUGUCCUCAAGCCCCCUCUCGGGAUGACUCUUGCGGAGCUAGCAGCGAAGGGUAUAGGACAGCUUGCUGCUCCUCCUGAGAAGCCUCACACGACGGUUUAUGUGGGGAAGAUUGCUUCGACUAUAGAGGACGAGUUUUUAAGAGCUCUCCUUGAGUUAUGUGGAGUGAUCAAAAGUUGGAAACGCGCCCAAGACCCAACUACAGGGUCGCCUAAGGGGUUUGGGUUUUGUGAGUUCGAGUCUGCUGAAGGAGUACUGCGUGCGUUGCGACUCCUAAACAAAUUUUCUCUAGACGGACAGGAGUUGGUGCUCAACGUUAAUCAAGCUACCCGAGACUAUCUGGAGCGAUAUGUUUCCAAGAAAAAGGAAAGUGAGAAGCUGAUUCGGGAAGAAGCAGAAGCGAUUGUUAAGGACGAAGAGUUGGCACCUGGAGUGGAGAGUAUUGAAACUUCCAAGCCCUCUCUCAUCCUCUUUCCAAAAGAUGAAGGUACGGACAAGGAGGAAAACGCCGAAGAAGACGGAAAGAAGUUUGGACUUGUGAAUGACUUUGACAGACAAGCCGAUGAAUUGGCUUCACAAAAGCUUGCAAGCAUGCUGGAGGAGAGGGCCCGGCUAAGGCCUCUACCUCCUCCUCCACCACUACCACCCGCUGGAAGCCUAAGCAAGGCAGCCUCUCCGUUUGAUUCAUCAAGAUUUAAGGAUGGAGAUUCAAAUCUGGAUGGGACCAAAAGUGAGGACUUGAGUAGUAAGAACGAAGAUGAUGCAGCAAGUGAUCACAAAGCGAGUGUAGAUAUUGAAAGGACUGAGACGACAUCAGCUGACAAAGGGAGGCGAUCAGAGAGAGACAGGGAACGAGAUAGAGAACGUGAGCUGGAGCGCGAGAAGGAAAGGGAGUUGGAAAGAUACGAAAGAGAGCGUGAGAGAGAGCGAUCACGGCGGGAAAGGGAAAGAGAGAUGAGAGUCCGUGAGGCUGAACGUAUCUAUGAAGAACGCGAACGAGAAUGGGAGGGUAGGGAGAGGGAGAAGGAAAGACAAAGACUACAUGACAGAGAACGAGAGAAAGACAGAGAACGAGACAGAAGGAAAGAAAUAAAAGAACAAGAGGAAGAAAGUGAUGAUGAUGAAUGGAAGAAAAGUCGAUAUAGAGUUAGCCUACUCGACGAGAAGCGGAAAAGAAGGCUGCGCGAACGUGAAGAGGAUACGGCAGAUAGAGAAAGGGAGGAGCAGGAGAUGCUCGCUAAGCGACAGAAGUUAGAGAUGAUAGUCCUAGAGAAGGAGCCUGUGGACGGAGAAGGUGAUUACGAGAUGGCGGUUGAUGAAGAAGUGAACGAAAGCCCUUCUCCUCAAGUAUUUCCAUCAAAAGAUACAGUUAGUGUUGCUUCAGCAAGUGACGCAGAAGACGAUCAACCAAGAGCUGAAGCGUUGAACAGCAACGGAAUACAUGAAUUGGCCCAAAAUGCUGAGGGGUCAAGCGCCGCUGUCACAAGUACCGAAGCUGAUCUAAAAGCUAGUCCUGCUCCUCGAAAGUUGGGCUUUGGUAUCAUGGGUUCUGGAAAGCGGACCACAGUAACAUCUGUAUUUCACCAGGAAGAUGAAGAGGAGAAGACAGAAGAUCGGAGGCUGAGGCCCCUGGUACCUAUAGAUUAUUCUGCUGAAGAGAUGGAAGCGGUUGCGGUGUCGACCCCCGCGACAGUUAGUUCCCCUGCAGUGGCUUCCAAUUUGGCAGCUGCAGCGGAGUUUGCAAAAAGUUUGUCAAACCUGAGCAGCAUCAACACUUCUACGAAGGAGAACAAGAAAGAGGAUGGUGACCGGGACCGUAGCAGGAGGAAGAGAGACAGACCGGCCGAGAGAGAAACACCUAGAAAAGAGAAGAACAGGGAUAGAGACAGGGACAGAGAACGAGAUCGUGAGCGAGAGGAUAGAGAAAGAGAUCGGGACUGGGAACGGGAGAAGAAAGACUUGGAUAAGGAGCGUGAAAAAGAACGUGUUGAAAAGACUAAAGUACCGGAAGUGAAAAAGAUUUUGAACGCCAAACAGCUUAUUGACACUAUACCAAAAACGAAAGAGGAGUUAUUUGCCUAUCCUGUAGAUUGGUUGAUAUAUGAUCGGCAUGACCUGCACGAGAGGAUGCGACCGUGGAUUUCUAAGAAGAUAACGGAGUUUCUUGGAGAAGAGGAAACAACGCUUGUGGACUUCAUCGUGAGCAACACUUGUAAACAUGUGACAGCGGCUAGCAUGUUGGAGCUGCUGGAGUCUAUCUUGGAUGACGAGGCAGAGAUGUUCGUCCUCAAAAUGUGGCGCAUGUUGAUAUUUGAGAUACGCCGUGUUGAGACCGGUCUGGCAACUUCCAAGUCGAAGUCAUAACCACACGAACAAUAAAACGUCUUUUUUUCCGUGCGUCAUUCUUUAGAUCAAGGGUUCCGAAACUAAAGUGAGCUUUCUAUCUUGUGUUCUGUCCAUUGGGAGCCCGUAUAUGUAGUCUGGCAACCCUUAAGGAGCUGUGGACUAUUUUGACCGAACGGGUCUGCAGAGGUGAGUUUAGGAUUAUCACCGAAUGUACUGGUAAAGAGCCGGUUUCAAUCUCCCAUCCCUAAAAUUUAGGGGUUUGUCUGAAUAAUUAUCUGAUUGUCUGUAAAAUAGCGAUGUCCGG